AUGAGAACGUUUAGACCGGAGAACUGCCAUUACCACGGAAAAAUCCGAGGCAACGAAGAAUCCAUAGCCGUAAUCAGCACUUGUAAGGGAUUAAGGGGUUAUAUCGACGAUGGGAAGGAGAGAGUAUACGUGGAACCCGUAGCGUAUAAGUCAGACAGAGUACACAAGAUUUAUCGAACAAAGCCCCUCAGUAAGAAGGACAAAGUUUGUCACAGCACAUUUCACCCGAAGAAUGUAAAGGCCAACGGAAAAAAGUCAUGGGAUUAUGGCCACGGUGGUAACCAAACAACUCGAAGGGUUCGUCGAGGAAUUGACGAAUUCUAUCGCCCUUACUUCACCACGGCCGAGACCAGAUACACAGAACUUGUGAUAACUGUGGACAAAAAUUUGUAUAACUAUUUUGGAAACGAAGAGGAAGAAGUAACCAACCGCAUGAUAACUCUAGUCAAUGCUGUUGAUAAGAUUUACAGCAAAAUAAACAUCAGAGUGGUGUUGGUUGCGCUGGAAUUCUGGAACAAUGGAGACAAAAUUGUCAGAAAUGAAACAGCUACUGUGUAUUAUGAAAGAUUCGCAAAAUAUCGCAAGAACACGCUGAAGAAAACCUUCCCUGAUCACGAUAAUGCACAGCUAAUGUGCAACAACAGCUGGACUGAUGCAGCAGGAAUGGCUGCGCUCUAUGGCAUGUGUACCGAUGAUUCGUCAGGAAUAGUUGCGUGGGACCAUUACAUCUCUGUGGGACCUUGGAUAGCCUCGGCCCAUGAGAUGGGACAUAACUUUGGAAUGGACCACGAUGAAGAAAUUGGUGGAUGUACUUGUCUGACCCCUAGAGGUUGUAUCAUGGGAGGACACAAGACUCGCGUUGCAGGAUUCUCAGACUGCAGUAUGAAAAGUCUUGCAGAGUUGAACGACUUCUGUUUGUACGACCGUCCACAAGCGGAAAUAAAAUCAAGAUGUGGAAAUGGACUUGUGGAACAAGGAGAGGAAUGUGAUUGUGGGACCGAAGAGGAUUGCCUAGAGUUGGAUCCGUGUUGUCAACCAAAAGGCUGCAAACUUAAGCCGGGCUCUCAGUGCAGUAUAUUAAAUCACGCUUGCUGUCAAGAAUGCGCGUGUCCGGAGGAUUCGUUUAUUCAUGAUGGAUAUCCGUGUAGCAGUAAAGGACAGCUUCUUGUCGGACCCACCACUUAUGGCCAGACUAAGAAUGUUGUGCUCAAUCCACCCAUUGAGGCACAGUUCCUGAGAAUUAAUCCUCAGUACUGGAGCUAUUCAAAAAUGUGCCUUAAGACAGAACUAUAUGGCUGCUCAGGAGAACUAGAUGGCACCCUUAAACAUCACUGCAGUGGCAAACCAGUGUGCCCUCGUAAGCCAGCUCGUGGAAAAAAGUGUGAACUUAUGAUCAGCAACAAAUGUCAGCCACAGGACUCUAAAUUUGAAAGAACUGCAGCGCAUUCCUUAAAACACAAACCAACUGGAAUGUGUCUUCAUCUGUAUGGUGGACAUCCUCGAGAAGGAGUAGAGGCUUGCUUGUGGCAAGGUUGUGACGAAGAUCAUACUAAAGUUACGUUCAUGAGGCAAGAUUGUGUCCUUUCCGUUGGUAUGUCAACUGGUAUCAUUGCAGAUAAACAAAUAACUGCUUCAUCGACACUCAGUUACGAGUGGCUACCUAAAUUUGCUCGUCUCAAUGGACCUAAGGCUUGGUGUGGUAAACCCAACGACAAAAGCGACAAAGACGAAUUUCUACAGAUCGACCUUGGGAAAGUUCAGAUGAUUACAAGAGUCGCCAUGCAAGGAAACGAAUGGGAUCUUGUUGAAGGGUUUUACCUUUGGUACAGCCUCGAUGGGAAAAUGUGGACAGUUUAUAGCGAAGGUGGAGAUGAGCAGGAAGCUAAUUCCUUCUGUCACUUAGGGAAAUGUGCAGACUCACUAGAUACUCAAUGUUCUGAUCUGUGGGGCGGAAUUCAAAAUUAUGACAGAGACCACUAUGUUAUACUUAUCGAGAGGUUUCUGGAUUUGAGCAAUCUAGCGAUGUUAUGUGUGGACAAAUUCAGUGUACAGACAGCUUUCGACAAAAGCCGGAUGUGGAUUAUGGUUCUGAUUAUAAAAGGAUUCCUCUUCCUUCUGGGGCUCAAUGCAGCGUUGCGUCCCUCAAUUAUCAAAGUGAUUUCAUCGGGCUCGGUUUGUAAGGAAAACAGAUGCCAAUCAAUCCAGAGAAAGAGAUGUAAAAUGGUUAAUGGAAAAGAAUGUGCCGGUCGUGGAUUUUGUACAAAUGAUGGCCAAUGCGCAUGUGAAGACGGAUUCGAUCCGGCGUCCGCUUGCAACAAAGUUGCUACCACACGUGAUGGAAACUGGGGGGCUUGGUCAAGCUGGACAAAAUGCACGCGGGCCUGUAACAGUGGAACACGUUUACGUUAUCGAUUUUGUGACAGUCCAUCCCCUUUGCAUGGAGGAAAGAUCUGCGAAGGAGAAAGACUUUUGGAAGAAGCUUGCAACGAGGAACCUUGUCCUCAGGCUCAUUCCUGCCGCCAUCUGCAGAUCAUCGGUAAACGACUUGGCAAGCCUUACGCUGAUGGCGUUUAUGAAAUAAAUCCAGAUGGGAAGGGCAUCGUAAAGACUAUAUGCGAUAUGACACGUGAUGGUGGUGGAUGGACGCUAUUGGUUACCAGCUACACCAACAAGUGGACAAGGCAGAAUGUUCAACGAAAUAAUGAAAUGGAUCCAAAACUUAAAGACGAUUUCUCUAUCUUGUUCAAGGCAGAUGACAUCAAAAAUAGUGGGAACGUGAAGGGUUCUACCUUUGAAUAUCGCUUAGAAGCUGAUAGUCCAGGAAGAUGGGGUGGAAUUUGGAAGGCACCGCGCAGCUACAGUUUUGUCAAAACUGACAACAGUCAGACGGGAGUCCGGCUGACUAGAAAGUUUGAUGAGUGGGAUUAUUCCUGGUACGGUUUGCAAAAAAGGAUGCCUUGGCUAUAUGGCGAGAGACUAACUACAGCUGGUGAACCAAAGACAAAUGAAUUUGGUUCUAUUACAGCCUCUAUGAAGAAAUAUCACCCAGCUCCAUGGAUAUACGGCAAAGACAAAGAACAAUGUCCGACCUACAUUUGGUACUGGAUGAGAGAAGGAGAGUACAGUCCUCCGAGGUCCUGUAUGGAGGUCAUGACUCGCAGCAUUGGAAAGGAAGGAGCUUCAGAUGGUUUCUACAAUAUUCAGCCGGUGGACAAACCAGUCUCAACAUACUGCGACAUGACACGUAAUGGCGGAGGCUGGACCUUACUCCUUACCAGUGCUUCUAGUCGAGGAUGGAAUGCACAGAACGUUCUUGAAAGGAAUGGGCAAAAUCCAUCACUUAAAACAGACUUUUCGAUCCUUGGGCAAGCUGAUAACAUUCUUGGAAAGGAAAAAUUCCAGUACCGAAUCGAGGCCGAUGGUGAGGAAAUGUUUGGAGGAAUUUGGGAGACAAUAAGAGGCUACUCUAUGAUGUCAUCCUCUGAUACUCAAACAAACAUACGGCUACUAAAGAAGUUUGGAAUCUGGGAUGAGACAGAAAAUUUGAACAAGCGCGUUCCUCGUCUCGAAGUUGGUGGAAAAUACAUGUAUACGACGGGCUCAGCAAGAGAUAACUCGGGAGUAAUAGUGACUUCUACGAAUGAUGCUAUCUACAUUAGAAGUGAAAAACCCAAACCAAAGGUCAUACGGGUAUGGAUAAGAGAGGGAACCAGACACUCGUGCAACCAAAUCAAAGUUUACGGCACUCAGCUGGGUAACACAUAUGACGACGGAGUUUACAUGAUUAAGAAGAAUGACGUCGAUUACAUGCCUGUCUUUUGCGACAUGAUAUCAGACCCUGGGGCUUACACACUACUAGUCACCAGUGCCUCGAAUAACUGGAAUGCCAAAGAUGUAACGUUUCGAAAUGUGGAGAAACCGUCGCUGGGCAACGACUAUUCUAUUCUAGGAUUGGCGGAUAAUAUAAAGGAUAUCAGUGCAGCCAAGUCUUUCAAGUAUCGGCUGGAAGCUAAUUCGCCCGGAACCUGGGGCGGAAUUUGGGAAGCGCCUAUAGAGUACACAUUCCUGAAAACCGACAACACUCAAACCAAUGUCAACCUGGUGAAAAAGUUCAACAAGUGGGAAUACAGCGACGAUGGCGUUCAGAAACGGCUGCCCUGGAUGGCGGGAACAUUUGGACUGCUGACCACUGCGACUGUGGGUGACUGGUAUCCUCGUGGAACUAUCAUCACAGACAGGCGAGGGGGAAAGCCAGCUAGCUGGAUAUAUCCGGGGAUGUUUGACCCAGGGGUGAUAUGGUAUUGGAUAAAUGAAGAUGAUUGCGAUCACAGAAGAACACCUGUUGAUGGUGGCGUAUCAGGGUGGGGUGAGUGGAGUCGUUGUGAUAAGCUCUGCCAGCCUGGUAGUAUGACUAGACAAAAGAAGUGUGACAAUCCUAAACCUAAAUGUGGUGGCAAACAAUGUGACGCGAAAAUUCUAAAGGAGGAAACUAAGGAGUGUAAUUACUGUCCAGAAAGCCCUAUACGUGCUGUGAACAAAUUUUGUGUCCAGCCUCAGCGAGCAAGCUGCCAAAUACCCGACGGGACCAAGCUGGUUUACAAAUCCUCUGCUGAAUGCUCGAAAGAGUAUCAGAAGUUCAUUUACGAUGAUGGUAUUCUGAUGCACAAAUGUAGUAGAAAAUAUGUCUGUCCAAGAGGUGGUCGUGUCGACUUUGGUGCCCAACUUGUAUUAGUGGGUUCAAGUGGCAACUGUGAUCCAGAAGAUGCCAGAUUUGAAAGGACACGUGGGAUGUCCCUCAUGCACAUAAGAAGUGGUCUGUGCGUUCACGCCCAAGGGGGUAGAGCCUCAGAAGGAGUGUCGCUUGUUUAUUACGAAGGAUGUGAUCAACCAAGGCUUAAACUGGAUCUCUAUCAACUCAGUGGUUGAUUUGGAGAGAGUUCAGUUAAACUCGGACCGGAUGGAGCACGCAUCAGAUUUUCACGACAGAAAUUAUUUUCAGUGAACUUGAAUGGAAAUGAAAAUCCC